AUGUGUCAUUACUGCAACAACUGGCAAAGCAUAGCAAGCAGUUUUAACAUAGGAGGUGUCACUAUUCACUUGCUGUUGAAACUACCCAUUGCAUCGCGAGGUAAAAGAGAUUUAACAGGGCAAAGCCUAUGCAGACUGCAAGAGAAUCUAAGUGGAGUAGAAUACAUUAUUAUUGACGAAUAUUCUAUGCUUGGUCAAGUUAAUUUUGGUUGGAUAAAUAAACGAUGUAAACAAGCAACUGGUUGUUGCAAUAAGAUUCUUGGAGGAAUAUCUUUCAUUUUAUUUGGGGACCCAGGUCAAUUACCUCCUGGAGCAGAUAAACCUCUUUAUCAUGCAAAACCCACGGGUGAUGUUGGUAAAGAAGGCCAUCAAACAUAUAGAAUGUUUGACAAAGUUGUCAAACUCACAGUCAAUCAACGAGUGCAAGGUAUGAGUUCUGAACAGGUUAUUUUCAAAGAUUUAUUGUUGCGUCUUCGUAAGAGCCAGUCGACAGUAGAUGACUGGAAAUUACUCUUGAGUCGCCAACCUGCAGUUGUUUCAAAUUUAUCUGAAUUUGAUGAUGCUAUUAGACUUUUUUACAGCAAUGAACAAGUUGCAAAUUACAACCAUGAGCAAAUCAAAAAACUUCGAAAUGCUAAAGUAAUGCUUAUUAUGAAUUUAUGGUCAAUUGUAAUUGAUAUCAUCUUCAAAAACAACCAACAGCCACCUGCAUUACCUGUUGCUGUAAUUGUUCAAUUUGAUAAUUAUAGAGGACCUUCAUUUGAGGAGACCUGUCCAUCAUGUGUACCAAUAUGCCCAGUAACUGUUUCGUUAGAGACAGAAAGUGGUUUUCAUGAGCGACAGCAAUUACCUCUUAGACUUGCUUGGGCUCUAACAAUUCACAAAAGCCAAGGUCUGACACUUUCAAAAGCUUGGAUUGAUAUUGGGAAAUCUGAAAGGACUGCGGAGUCUCUUAUGUUGCAAUCAGUAGAGUAA